UUCCUGCUCCAGUUCCACGUUUUACCGCCUCCCCUAUAUUGCCAAGUGCAGGAUGGGCUAAUGGGAAAAGAAACAUUAUGGCUGCCAGUCUGUCUCUGACUCAGCUUUCAAGUGGAAAUCCUGUCUAUGAGAAAUACUACCGGCAGGUGGACCUGUCCAACACUGGCCGAGUCGGGGCGUCCGAUGCAGCCUUGUUCCUGAAGAAGUCUGGCCUGGCAGACCUGGUCCUGGGGAAGAUAUGGGAUUUGGCAGACGCAGAACGGAAGGGGUUUUUGAACAAACAGGAGUUUUUCAUUGCUCUGCGGCUGGUGGCCUGUGCUCAGAAUGGACUUGACGUGUCCCUCAGCAGCCUCCACCUGGCCGUCGUGCCACCCAAAUUUCACGACACAAGCAGCCCGCAGCUGGUUGCUGGAGCAGUGCCUAGCGAUGUUCCCUGGGCUGUCAGGCCGGAAGAGAAAGUGAAGUUUGAUGCCAUCUUCGAGAGCCUGUCCCCACUGAACGGCAUGCUGUCUGGGGAUAAAGUGAAACCAGUGCUGCUGAAUUCCAAACUGCCCGUGGAUGUUUUAGGACGGGUUUGGGAACUGAGCGACAUCGACAGAGAUGGAAUGCUGGACAGAGAUGAAUUUGCAGUGGCCAUGUACCUGGUGUACCGUGCCCUGGAGAAGGAGCCUGUGCCAAUGUCCCUGCCUGCCCCGCUGGUGCCUCCCUCCAAAAGGAAGAAGUCUGCACUGCCCAUCGUGGUGCCCCUGCUGCCCUCACCUCCCUCUGCCAAGGAGCUCCGCCAGUCCCUGCCAGCAGGGGGCAUGCUGCCCUCCAAAUCCCCGCCGGUGCCGAUAGCAGUGAAGUGGGUGGUGUCCCCAGCUGACAGAGUCAAGUAUGACGAGCUGUUCCUGAAAACAGACAAGGACCAGGACGGGCUGGUGUCGGGGCCGGAGGUGCGAGACAUCUUCCUGAAGACCGGCCUGCCCGCCAGCACCCUCGCUGGCAUCUGGGAGCUCUGUGACACGAAGGACUGUGGGAAGCUCUCCAAGGAGCAGUUUGCUCUGGCUCUACACCUCAUCAACCAGAAGCUGACGAAAGGGGUGGAGCCACCCCAGACUCUGACUGGAGACAUGAUCCCGCCCUCGGAGAGACUGACACCCCACCAGAGCAGUACUGCCAGCAGCUUGGUGGCAGACUUCUCCGCGAUCAAGGAACUGGACUCCCUGAGCAAUGAGAUUGUGGAUCUGCAGAGGGAGAAGACAACCGUGGAACAAGACAUCAAGGAAAAUGAGGACAGCAUCAAACAGAGAACCUGCGAGGUCCAGGAGCUGCAGGAUGAGGUGGCACGGGAGAGCGAGGAGCUCCAGAGGCUGCAGGCACAGCGGCAGGAGAUCCAGGAGGUGCUGGGGGAGCUGGACCAGCAGAAGGCAGCCCUGCAGGAGCAGCUCAGCCUCAUCCGACAGCAGAGCAGCCAGGAGAGCCAGCUGAUCUCGUCCCUGCAGGCAGAGCUGUCCAGCCAGCAGUCUCGGAUGUCUGGGUACGAGGAGGAGCUGGAGCGAGCCCGGGAGGAGCUCAGGAAGCUGCAGCUCGAGACGGCUCAGUUGGAGGAGAAGGUCGAGGCUGGCAAGGUCCAGCUGGAGCCACUGCAACAGGAGCUGCACAGCGCCCAGCAAGAGACUGCCGAGAUGCAGUGCAAGCUGUCUGAGCUGCAGGAGGCAGAGGAUGGCGUGAAGGGCCAGCUGACCUGGCGCAGUCACCUGCAACGCGGCAUGGUGAAUGGCACGAGCGAGGUGGAGAGAGCCGAGACCCCCGAGCAGCAAGAGGACCCCGAAACAACCUCCAGCCCUCAGGAGGCCCAAGAGGAGCUCUACACAGACUGGGACACCACCAAGCAGGCAGACACUCCAGCGGAGAGAAGCAGCCCUGUAUCCUCCCCUGCAAACACAGUGAGUGAAAGAGAAGAAGUGACUGAAACAGCAAGUAUUCUCAAGGAGGAAUCCUUUGAUGCCCAGCCAAACCCACCGCCUCAGCAAGCCAGCCCCUCUGCAGAGAGCGGCCUGGAUUUCUUCCAGUCGGACCCCUUCACAGACAGUGACCCCUUCAAAGAUGAUCCAUUUGGGAAGGUGGAUGUUUCAGACCCCUUCGGUGGAGACCCUUUCAAAGGCACGGACCCCUUUGCUUCAGACUCCUUCUUCAAGCAGCCGUCGGCAGACCCCUUCUCUGCGGGAGGGGACCCCUUCAGCAACACAACAGGAAGCACAGCUCCUGCUGACUCCUUCGGUACUGCAGCCAGCAGGAGCAGCACUGUGGGGGGAGACCUGUUCAGCAUUGCAUCCAGCAACACAAGGGAACCAGACCUCUUCAGCACUACAUCCAACAACACAGGAGAACCAGACCUCUUCAACACAGGGGAACCAGACCUCUUCAACACUGCAGCCAGCCACACUGGUGAACCAGACCUCUUCGGUACUGUAGCUGGCAGCACCGGGCUCCCCAUGACGGAUGUCUUGCAGUCCAAUGACCCGUUCGCGCCAGGCGGAACCGCUGUAUCUGCAGCUCCUGACACAGUAGCAGACCCCUUUGCCUCCUUCUUUGGGAAUGACUCAUUUGGGAGUGGAUUCGCUGACUUCAGCACACUGUCCAAGUCAAAUGGACCCGACCCUUUCAACACUAGCUCCGCCCCUGACAUCAUCAGUAAUAAGAAUGUAUUUACGGAGGACAUACCAAUGAGCCAGGACACGCCCCCGGCCCUACCGCCCAAGACAGGAACACCCACCAGACCCCCUCCUCCUCCCCCAGGAAAGAGGUCAUCCCUUUCCAGGUCGGAGUCUUUGGACUCAUACAAGCGGAGCGACCUGUUCCAGACGCAGGGUUUGGGGGACCCCUCUCAGCCCGACUCCCAAGAUGAGAAGCUCCGGGACCCCUUCUCCACAUCGUCCCCCAGCAAGGCUCCUCCAGACCCGGCUAACUUCAGCAACUUCAACAAUUACCCCACUGAGGAGGACUUGAUCGAAUGGGCGAAGCGCGAGAGUGAGCGGGAGGAGAAGGAGAGGCUUGCUCGGCUCACCCAGCAGGAAGAAGAAGACCUGGAGCUGGCCAUCGCCCUCAGCAAGUCUGAAAUCUCGGAGGCGUGAGGCAGCUGCCUCGCCUCUCUUUAACCACAUGUAUAUUCAAAAAGAAAGAAAAGACAGGAAGGCCUUGGCAGGAGACCAAUGCAAAAGAUUUGAAGAUGCUCUGAAUUUGUGGUGGAACAGAAAGCAGCCUCUGUUUGAUGUGCGACCUAUUUUAAAAGAUUUUUACUGGAUGUGAAGGGGGUCUUUGCUAUGGAAAUAGUCCUCAUGGCCCGGGUUGGGAUUAGUUUGAGCACUGGGGUGCUCUUUUAUUCCUGGCUGAAGGUAGGAUUCAUCUCCUUUCCCACUUUGAUGGCUGUCAGGGGUCUUCAGAGUAGGAAUGCCUUGUUUAUUUUUGCGAGGGUUUGGGGAUUUAGACGUUCCAGUUUUUAGCUGCUUGUGCCAGUUGCUGUGAAUGAUUAAAGCAGCCACAGGAGGGCACUCCAGAUCUUUUUGCACCGUUUUUUCUUUUGGCAAAACCGGAACAGGUGAACGAUCCAACCUUCCACGUUAAUCUCCAUGGUGUCGAAGCUCAGAGCAUUGUCAAACUCCAAAAAACUAUAGUAGAUCUACAUAACAUAACGUACAGUUACAUGAGGAAAGUUUAAGUCAGCUGUACUGGCAGAUAUGUUUGAUACCAUGUAUGGGGCGUCUAACACAUUUAAGCUAGAAAUCCCCUUCGGCCAAGUAACAGGACGGGGAUCUAGGGCUCCGGUCUAACUAGAGAUUAACACUUAUAAUGCAAAAAACCUAUAUUCCUAUCUACCUGGUUCUUCUUUAAAUGUACUGCGGAUGGUUGUGCUCAACCAAUGGGUGCUAAGAGGUGCACUCUCUAUAGCCAAUAGGAACAUGAAAAGAGGGGUACUGCAGCCAAUGGGUAUCAAGAAUGGGUAAUGCUGUCCAGGUACCCUAGUCCACAGGAGACAGUAACAGUGGGUUUGUGUUUCUACCAAGACCAACAUUUUAUCUUAAGUCUGCACUGCUUCACGGUGCUUUCCGGCCAAGUGGUCAACAAUUAAAUAACAGGCAAUAUAAUUUCAGAGUGCAGCACUUUACAGCUAAUAGGGGGGAAUGCUGUAAUAUGUGAAGGCUGCAGAAUGCCUUACUGUUUACAUUGCCUCUUGAAGUCAUUGUGAACCAAGAUGUCACUUUAUAAUUUGAUAACCUGGUGCUCAGUACCCCCUGUUUCGUAGCCUCUGGAUGUGCUUGGAGCAGCAGAGGAGAAGUGCAUAGAGGCAUGGUUGUAUCCUACUAGAUCCCUAAGGAGAGGACACUAAAAAAACCUUCACAAGGUUGAGUGCAAUGUUAUUAAACAGAGCCUUAGAACUGUGCCAUCCAUUUGUUGCACUUAAACCGGGUUUAGCUAUUGGUUGGCAGAGGGAUUGAAAUGCAUUUAUUACAGAGCAUGAAUAGAACAAUGUAAUUAAGCUGUGAGGAUGAGAUUUUGCCUUUUUAUUAAUAUGCUGUUAGAAGUGGAUUUACACCACUAAUAUUAAAACAAAAAAUAUUAUAAUCCCACUCUGACACCAUGAAGCUUUUAUUUAACGUCAGAUGAAUUGUGUAUUGAUGCAUCGGAAUCUCAAUUUGCAGUUUCUCCUUCCAAGGUGCUUACUCUGCUUCUUAUACACAAAACAGACCACUGUAGGAGCCAGAAGAGCAUAUUUGUUGCAUAAACGAGUCUCCCAUUUUCCAUUGGCCCAUUGCUUUGCUGAGCAUGCUGUAGGCACAGAAGUCUGUUUCAAAUUGCUGUGAAAAUUAAAACCUAUUUUUUUUUAUUUUAUUUUUUUAUUUUAAUUCAUUUGUGCUCAUAGGUUUGCACAGUCAGUAUUGCCCAGGAGAAAAGUAAAGGGACGUGGAGUGUGGCUAAUUCUGCAUCCCAAUCCAUUGCAGCCUCUGAACAGGUGCCCCCCCCACUACAUAAACCACUACAAAAGAUGCUCAAUUUAAACAAAGCAGGUAGAAGUGUCCUUGUUUCAAGGCUUGCUGUCCACAGACCUCCAAUAGUUUAUGCUGCUGAUUUUUCCUCCCAUCUUUUGAAUAGAACUAAACCACUAGCCUGCAUUUCACUACUUAAUCCCCCCAACAUUCACUAGGAUGGAGGAGUGCCACGCAAGAGUUUACUGACAAACCUGAGGCCUUGGCCUUCUUUAGAUUUAGUUUUAAUACCAGGUACAGUAACUCCUCCAUCGAUCAUAGUAGAGCUCAUAUUGUUUCUGUUUAUAAAAUGUAAUGAGGUUUGUUGAGGUUCAGUACCAAUAGCCAGCAAAGAUUACAGUUUCCAUGGGAAUUUAUUGCAGCAGCAUCAUUUUCUGAACAGUCCUUUUUUUCUUUUUUUGUAACCUGCAACAUGGUGGCCUGUUGUCAUGAAGGUUUGUUACCUGAAGAAAUUUCCAGUGAAACCAGUCUCUUUGUUGACUAGUUUUACAGAGCCUCAAUGUACAAAUACCCAUCAGAUUAUUAAAUAAUAAUACAAAGGUAAGGCAACCCCCUUUUGAAUGACAGAGCCACUGUUCGCUGGCUCUUAAGGUAUUAUUGGCCAACAGUUCCCACUAAAAUAAGAAUGAGGUCAUUAAUGUUUGUGCACAGUGCUGUCCAUGCUGUCACACAGUUCUGGCUAUAGGAACACCCCCCUUGAAUUCUCAAUCCCUCCAAAUCUUUGCUAUGUCCAUCAAGACUUCUACUAAUUGUAUAUAUUAGAGCCAUGGCUGCUUCUCCAUGUAAAAGUACUCAGCUCAUCUCAUUGUAUUAAAGACACUCCUGUUCCUAUUACUGAUGUGAAUUGUAUAGGUGCCUGUCGCAUAUAAAACCACUGAUGUACGUUAACAGCCUACCUAUAUAUGCUUUUUAAAUUGGCUAAUUUUAUUUUUGAUAUUUUAGCUUGUGAUAUUUUUUUUUCAUAUUCUCAUAUUUUUUGUUAAUCGAAAAUCCUUAAAUUGUCUAAAUCAUUUCCUGACUAUAACCUGUAAUUAAAAUAAUAAAUAUAAAUUCUGUUCAAGUAA